AAUCAAGGUGAAUUCAUGUCUGUAUUUUCCCCGCAGAUCUACUGCCCAGUGUUUGUGCCCUGCCGAGAUAUGACUGAGGUGAUGAUCAACAGCACCCCCAUGGAGGACAUGAGGCUCAGCCCCAGCAAGGACAGACUCUCCUUCCAGAUAUUCCCAGAUCCCUCAGACUUUGACCGUUGCUGUAAACUCAAAGAUCGUCUGCCGUCCAUUGUGGUUGAGCCGACAGAGGGAGAAGUCGAGAGUGGGGAGCUUCGCUGGCCUCCAGAGGAGUUUCUGGUCAGUGAGGAGGAAGAAGAGGAAGAGGAAGAAGAGCAGCAGAAUAAUGCCAGCAUCCCAAAUGGACAGCCAACACAGAAUUCUCAGCACUAGAGGCUGUGUUGCAGCGCCCCAUAUUCCCUUCGUUUCCUCUUUCUUUCUGAUAGACUCUCCUCUUCCCACACUGGUUACACCUCGGCGCUCCAAAAAUACUGGCAGACACCCAUUCAGUUUUUCUUGAUGCCAUGUCGUUGCCCCUCGACAUCAAAGCAAUACACAAAGGUAACGCACUUUCUCGUAAAAUAAUUUAUCCACCUGGACUGCAAACCCGCCAAAUCACACUUGAAAAGAACAGACACGCACACCUCCAACCUACACUCAUUUCCUUCCAUGCCUACCACCGUGUGUGUCUCGGCCCAAAAAGGAUGCCCUGUUGGACAGCGGCAGCUCAGUGCUCCAUGGACAGCUCUUAACACUGCAGGAGGCUAACACUGCUCUGUACUUUACUUCAAAGUGGCUGGCGUCAUGACCCCAGAGACUUCAUAAUCUCAUACAGAACUAUUGUGGUGCCCUUGGAUUAUCACCUACAGCGACACUGUCCAUACUUGUGCUAAAUUUCUGGAGUGAUAUGUUAAUUAUUGUGAUCGCCACUGCUGUCUAUAGAUUUGUCUGUUUCUGAGAAGUGAUUGUUUUGUUAUUUGUCUGUUUUUUGAGAAGUGGGUGUUUUGUGUAAAAUGUUACCAGGAUCCCAACCCCCUUGUCUAAAAGAUUAUUUGACUUUAUGUCCGGCAAUCACAGAUAUAAAGUAACCUGGAAUAAGUUUAGAGAAAUGAGCAGAAAUUGAUAGAAAAUAAACCAGCAUGCCCUGCUAAGCUCGUGCAUACAUUCAUUUUGCAAAAAAGCUUGUAGUGCAGUGAGGGCAACAUGAUAUGAUCCCCCCUCCUCACAUUGACCUCCUGCGAGCAGUGUGACAAACAGUACUUGGAUGACAAAGCAAAAAAUGGAACAACAUUGAGAACAAACGAAAGCAAGUUUAUUGUUCCAUAGGGCAAAGCUGAGUAAGGACUGCAAAUUGUAUUUUCUUGGGGGAAAAAAAGCAGUUGUUGAAGCAAUGUACAGACCCAUUGAAGGAUGUGUAAAUACUUGUUCCCAUUGCGCCGACCCCAGAGGCCUUCUAGUGCGCUGAACAUGUUUGUACUUUGGGUUCGGUUUACUUUUUAGAGAGACGGACUGAGAACUGAAAGUCUUUCCUAGUCUUCCUUUUCAUUUUGAAAACAGCCAUACUUUUGACACCGUGAAGUUCACAAAUAAGGCUAUAUCUGACAGUAUUAAAUUCUUGGUCGAUACAAUACUCUGUUUUAAUCUGGAUGUUUGCCAUAAACUGUUGAUGAGAAAUUGUAUUCGUUCUCCGGUAGCAAUUUCUGUUUUUAUUUAACUGCUCUGCAAUUUCAGAAGUCGGUGUUCUUUUGUUCACUCUUUAAAUCACCACUUAUUGUUGUGGAACAAGUCUCAUUGGUAAAUUUGUGGAAAAUAUUUCACUUUUGUGUACACUAUGAAAUCCUGUUGUACAAGCUUGAUUGAGAUGUCUGUUCUUUUUGUAAAUUCUCAUUUGAGUGGCAUUAGGGCUGUGUACAGAACAUCUCUCUCUUUCUCCUGUCUGUCACCUACAGGUCCCACGUUGUUUUUGUAAAGCUCAGGGAGAUUAGCCGCCAUCUUUCUCUUGUUUUUUUUUUUUUUUUUUUUUGUAUUUAGACCACUUUUCUCUGUGACUAUUACAGAGGCUGUAAAUAAACAUUUGAAUUUGCUAUCCAA